ACUUUUAUUAUAUUUGACAGCUCUCGUUCUUAUUUUUUAGUCCCACAGUGCAAACAUUUACAUAAUUAUAAACUGAAUUGAGAUGGGUUUUUUUUGACUGGGACAGACGCAAGAGCUUUGAACUUGCACUCACUGGUAAGUAUUAUUUUUUACUUUUAAAAAAAGUCGUCUGUGGUUUGAAGUGCUCUCCGAGACGGUCUUCUGCAUACCGUGGUUGUCUGGCCAUUCUCCUUUGACCUCAACAAGGAAAUUUCCCUCACAGAACUGGAGUUCACUUUCUGUGAUCACUUUUUCAGCCUCUUUGUGAACCCUAGAAACCAUUGUGGUUUCAGAAAUCCUUAGACCAUCCCAUCUGCCAUCAACAGCCAUGUGAAGUCCAAAGUUCCGCGUUCUGGUGCUUGGUUUGUCAUCUUGAGGAUGUUUACAUCUAUACCUAAGUAUAAUAGUUGCUACUAUGUGCUUGGUGGCCUUGAGUAGGUGUACCCAUCUCUGUCAGAAAUCUGAUCAUGUGACAUGUCUCACUUCUAUCUUCUCAAAACCACUAGAGCUCUACAACAUUCCUGUUUUCACACAGUUCUAUUGAGCACAAAUGUGAUAAUAACGUGUUAAUGAAAAUACAGAAGUUCCAGUUUUACAGUACACACAUCGUAAAAAGAGAACUGCACAAUAGCUAGAGUUCAGUUGCCUGAGGUACUGAGGGAUUGUUCUUGUCUCAAUGUUGUCCUUAAGAGACUAUGACUGCUUCCCUCGCUGCACUCUGAGGACACAUAUACCAAUAUGAGCACCUUUGAGCAGAUCCUGAAGGAUAUUGGGGAGUUUGGUUUAUUUCAAAAACUUUUAGUCGCUGCAUUAUGCAUCCCCAGCAUUUUUUUAUCCUUUGAUUUGAUCGGUCAGGUGUUCACAGGUAUGAACUUCCCACAUCACUGCAACAAUGACUGGAUCUUGGCCCAAGCGACCAACUUGACGGAAGAGAGACAGAACAAUCUCAGCAUUCCCCUGAACAAUGACAGGAAUUACGAAAGCUGUGAAAUGUUCAUACCAGUGGAUUUGGAGACUAGUGAAGCAUACGGGGUUAACACAACGACAGGAUGCAUAAACGGAUCAGUUUAUGAGACACCCAAAGGUGCUUCCAGCAUUGUCACUGAGUUUGACCUGGUGUGUGACAGGAGCAGUUUGAUCAAGGUCUCACAGUCCAUCUACAUGGCCGGUCUUUUGGUUGGAGCGUUGGUGUUUGGGGCGAUGGCCGACAGGUUUGGUCGACGCUUGGUGGUCCUCCUCUCACACCUUCAGCUGCUGCUGUGCGGUGUUUCUGCUGCUUUCUCACCCAACAUCUAUGUUUAUAUGGUUCUCAAAUUCUUAAGUGGCAUGGCAGUAUCUGGUAUUUUGAAUACUGCCUUUGUCAUCGGUGGAGAAUGGACUGAAUCUUCCAAGUUUGCUUGGUGUACCACGAUCUGCCAUUCUUCUUUUGCUGUUGGAUUGAUGAUAAUGUCUGGCAUUGCCUAUUUGGUCCGUAACUGGAGGAUCCUGCAGCUGGUGCUCUUCAGCCCUCUUAUCAUCGUCCUGGGAAUCUUUUACUGGAUUCUUCCAGAGUCGCCUCGCUGGCUCAUCACCCAGGGCAAGAAGAAGGAGGCCAUAAAGGAGAUCCAGAGGGCAGCUAAGGUGAAUGGGAGGAAGGAGGUCCCAGAAGAUGUAUUGAAUCAGCUGGUUAUUGUGGAGACAUUUGAAAGAAGAAGCAUGGUGGACAUCUUCAGAAUCUCAUAUCUGAGAAAACGGGCUCUCAUGAUGUGCUACAUCUGGUUUGCAAUAAAUCUGUUGUACUAUGGACUGAGCCUGAAUGUUGACAAUUUUGGGUUGGACAUCUUCCUCACACAGUUCAUCUUUGGUCUCGUGGAAAUUCCUGCAUUUCUUGGCUCUUUGCCACUAAUCCAGCGCUUUGGGAGGAGAAUAUGUCAAGCAGGGGCGCUAUUUUUUGGAGGUUCUGCUUGUCUUGGGAUACUUGUUAUUCCAAAAGAUCUUCCUGUGGUGGUCACAGUAAUAGCUGUAGUAGGCAAAUUUGCUGCCACUGUCUGUUUCACCAUACUCUAUGUUUAUACCGGGGAACUAUACCCUACUGUUUUAAGACAGAAUGGCAUCGGUCUGAACUCCAUGUGUGGUCGUGUAGCGGGCAUCCUCACUCCACUGAUCACACUCCUGCAGGUCUUCCAUCACACCAUCCCCAUGCUGAUAUACGGCGUCUUCCCCAUUGCUGCUGGAGGCUUGUGUUUUCUACUUCCUGAAACCUGCAAUGUUGAACUUCAGGACCACGUUGAACAGGGGAUUGCUGAGGUUUCAGCAAAAUCAGAGAAGAGCACCAAAAUGUAAUCAAAUGGACGCCACGAUUUUUACAAUACUUUCUUAUUGUGUGCUUCUGUGUAAGUGACACUGUUGUAAUUUGACAGUAUGCUGAUAUAAAUUAAUAAAAAAGACCUGAUUGUG